AGAAAACAACAGUAUUAAAGUCUUAUUUAUCGUUUGUAUAAUUUGACUUUUAGUUGAAAUGUUUGUACUAAUUUUCUCCGCUUUUCUGGUAUGUUCGCUUACUGGAUUUCAACCAAGAGUGUCUCAAGAUUUCAUACUUCCGAGUUCACACUCAUAUAAAGGAAGAAUCUGCUCAAAAUUCAGCUCACUGUUUUGCCUGCAAGGGUUCAAGUUCAAGGAAAAAGUAUCCGAUAGACCGGCAUUUGUUCGCGACGUGAUAGACAUGCAGACACUCAUCCGGCCAGUUUAUCGGCUGCUGAAUUGGUUCUCUUUGUUCCAAUUCGGACAGGGUGGUUGUUGUGACAUGCAAACAGAGAACUACUUAUUUUCUGGCCAGAAUUACGGAGUGUCACCACGAGACUUCUUUUUCAACCUCACAGACUUCUCAGAGUCCGCGGAGAACAGACAGCUUGUGAGGAUGCACGCGCAGUUUAUCAGUAACAUCUGUCUGAACGAGAUACAAGAACUGUCUUUCGGCUACGGGGAAUUUCAGAUGACGGGUGACUACAAAGCAGACUAUGAUUUCACCAUGCCUCCUAUGGGCAGCAAUCGUCUCAUGUUCAGGUUCAAGUGGAGCUCAGUGCGACAAGACAUCACGUACGAAAAGUUUAAAACCAGAGUCAUAUGUGUUGAACAGCCUUGGAUCUGCUUAUCAUAAAGAACAAAUUUAACAUGUUCAAAUGUGG